AUGAAUCAGCAGUGCAAAGUGUGCGGCGAGCCUGCGGCCGGUUUCCAUUUCGGCGCCUUCACCUGCGAAGGUUGUAAGUCUUUCUUCGGGAGGUCUUACAACAACCUGAGCAGCAUAUCCGAGUGCAAGAACGACGGGAAGUGCGUGAUCAACAAGAAGAAUCGCACCGCCUGCAAGGCAUGCCGCUUAAGAAAAUGUCUCCUUGUCGGGAUGUCAAAAUCGGGCUCGAGAUACGGCCGCCGUUCCAACUGGUUCAAGAUCCACUGCCUGCUGCAGGAGCAACAGCAGCAGCAGCAACAGCAGCAGCAACAGCAGCAGCAGCAACAGCAGCAACCUCCGUCAUCGCACCACCAUCAUUUGCACCACCACCAGCGUUCCCAUCAGCACCACCAGCCGAUGCAGCAGCAGGGUAGCCAGACGAGCCCCCCCAUGGGGAUGCACCAGGUCCCGCGUAAGGACGACGUCCUGAUGCUGGGCCUGGACGACUACAAGAACUCCACGUCGCCCAGCAUCAGCUCGCCCGAGUCACACAACAGCGACAGCUCCGUCGAGGUGUCCGAAAGGAGAGCAGCCCUGGGCCACCCGGGGUUCAGACCUCUUCACCCGCACCUCCACGCGAGCGCCGACUUGUCGGCGUUGGGCAAGGAGAUGAUGAGUCUUCCCCUUGGCUUCCACCUCGGAGGCAUGUCCUUGAUCCCGCCGACGUUCCUCCCACCUCCCAGCCUGGCGAUGUUCCCUCCGUACCACCUAUACACUCCUCCACCCGGGGCACCGCAUCCCCUGAUGCCGAGCCACCCAUCAGGGAUCCUGCGACACUCGCCAAUCGGCAACGAGGAGUCCGUCGCCACGAACCUUGCCACUGCCUCCAUCCCCACUGCCAAAGGCCCCUGCAACGAGAACACAGGGAGCAUUAACAACAACAACAACGACAUCAGCAACCACGACCGCUACGUCCAUAACCAAUUGAACACCGGCGACGUACCUGCGGUCUUUGCGGAUCCCAUGGAGACGUACUCGAAGAGGUUCUACCUCGACGCCGUCCUGAAGCGCCAGAGGACGCCGCCGAGUCAUUCCCCAGCCUCGAGCAAGGCGCACUCCGAAAGGAACACGCCGGGGAAUACCCCGGAGCCGGCUAGCCCCAGGUCGCCGCCGCAGGAGAACCCCAUGGACCUGUCGAUGAAGGCUCCAGGAUGUCCCAGGGAAUGUGCGACCCCUGCGAGCGAGACCAGUGGGAGCGAGGACGUCGACAUGGGGACCUCCAGCGAGAGGGACAGCCCACCCCUGAAGAGGCGACCAGCGCCCAUGGACCUGACGACGAGGUCUUAAGAAGGUGUUCCACGCUCCAUAAGCCACCGACUAGUGAUCCCCUGGUACAGGAUACUCGACGAAGUCAACGCGCAGAGGAAGAUCCUUUCCCCUGGCGAGACGAAGACAUCCGUCAGGUCGUUGAGUCCAUUUCCAUGAGCCUGAAGAGCUAGAUAACAAAAACCCAUCAAUCAGGAGCGUAUAUCAUCGGACUAGCGAUACCGGCUAUCACUUGGUACCCCCAAAAUCCUCGAGGAAGACGCGAAACUAGGUCCAUUAGACCCGAAGAAAGUGGCCAAAGUGUCCUAAUCAAAUCUCUACGAACCUAUCCAUCGAUAUCCGCACCGGGACGCGGGUUAAUCGAGGAAGACUCCUGGGGUUUAAUUAACGGGCACGAUCGCCUCUUACCAACCUGUCGCCCGAUAAACACGUCGGCAGGUCGCGGGCGCGUGUUCGGGGACGUGUUACCAACCCGGGGACACGUGUCGGACAGUAUCGACGCUUCGAGGGGCUUUAUCUU